GUCUGGCGUGCAGUGUAGUGAAAGCGUGAACAGGGCAUGCCGAGUUUUGUUAAUAUAUUAUUUCAUCGUUUACUGUAAUUUUUUGAGGACCCUAGACAAGGAGUGGGAUGAGUGACAGUCGGAGAAGACGGAGCAGUAACGGGGCGAAGCAGAGGUUCGGAAAUGGGGCUAGCGAAGGAGACUCUACAACUGGGAACAGGCAUGACAGGAUGAGUUCGAAGCCUCCAUUUUCUCCUGGGCACGGCCAUGCCUAUGCUGGUGGUGGGCAUGGUGGGGGAAAUUCGUCGAGCAUGUCAAGUACAUGUAGGUCCGGCAUGUCCGGUGAACGUGAAAGGAGCAACUCUGGCAAGUCGGGCAGUUCUGCCCCCUCGACUCCUCGAGGGAAGUCCUUUAAUUCAAAGGCAUCCUACACACGUUCCCAGAGCUACGACAAAGUGCGGCGCAUCGUCAGCGAGGAAGGGAGGCAGGCGCGCAACCUUGUCACCUGGAACGUACCCGUGGACUACAGCGACGACAGUGACAAUGACGGUAAGCCCGAAAGGCGCCGGAAACCCAAAGCCAGAAGCAGUGCCAGCACCCGCAGCGCGUGCCUGACGCCGCGGGCUGGCGCCAUCGCUGCCGCCCCCCGCAAGAAGGGCAUCGACAGCCCACGCGACAGCCCCAGGGACAGCCCCAGAGACCCCCCGCAGGUCGCCGAGGCCUCGAAGCCCGACCGCAAGACUGCUGCGCCUGGUAACUCCGGCACGGCAGCCGCUGCGGCCGCGGCCAAGAAGGUGGACCUGCGGGCCCGCUACUGGGCGUUCCUCUUCGACAACCUGCAGCGGGCGGUGGACGAGAUCUACCAGACGUGUGAAGCGGACGAGAGCAUCGUGGAAUGCAAGGAAGUCAUCAUGAUACUCAAGCGGGCCACCCACGACUUUGAGUCCCUCAUCAAACGCAUCAACGUCCAGAAGGACUUCGAGAAGUGCGACAUUGAGAACAGGCCCACGUCUAUUGUGUGGGAGGUGCGGAAGUCGUCCUCACCGGCCAAGCACCGAACCCCCAGCUGGCCCCCGGACAGUAGGGCCGCCAUGCCUCGCCGGCCCAACUCUCUGGCCUGGGAGGUACGGAAGACCUCGCCCGGGCGUGGCCUCAUCAAUAGCCCCACCCCGGAGGGGCGGGACACCCCGAGCCCCAUCAAUCGGAGUCUGAACUUCAGUGGGCAGGAAGCUGCCAAAGCCAGGAACAGCCCCGUGCCGUUACCACCAGUGCCAGCAGAGACCGUGGCCGUGGCCAGUUGGGCCGACAGGGUCAAGGGUCAUACUGCCAAGCCCAUCGCCAAGGUGCCAGCGGUGAAAACGGGCGAUGCGAAACCAGCGGACGAGAAACGGACAGUGGAGGGAAAGAAGGAUAACGGAACACCGGACGUGCUCACUGUGAACGGAGCACUAAAUACGGUGGAAGACGAUGGAGAAGGCUGGGAGACGGUGCAGCGGAACAAGCCCAACCGCUCCAGGCCUUCCUCGGCCAAGAGCCGGUCUCACCACAAUAGCGCCGGCAGCAACCAUUCGGCCAAGUCGCAGCCGGGGCCUAAUCCCGCUUCUGACACCAAAAGCCCACAGCAGCCCCCAGCCGGGGCCAACCAGGCCCGGCAGGAGGGCUCCCGCAGCAGGGCCGACAGCGAGAAGGAGAACAGGCCCCUGGAGAGCAACCUAGUCAACCGGGAGCGGUCAAACACCGAGCCCAGGGUCGAAGGUGAAAGGUCUGAAAUGGUCAAGGUGGAAAUUCAGAUGGACAAGAAUGAGAAGAUAUCAGGUUACACUGCAAACAAGGCAAAAAUUCAGGAUUUGGAUCCAGCUAUUGUUGCUGUGUGUACCGGGAAGGAGAACAUUCUGGUGUCAUCUGGUGACGAAGGUGGCAGUAACAAGGAUAACACCGAGGAUGAACUGGCGACCAAACUGGAUGAGGACGUCAGCGUAGCCAUUGAUGAGGAGGAGACGCUGACUAACGAGAUCGAGAAGUGCCAGGACGAGGCGCUGGCCUCCGCCAUCGCCGAGGAGGAGAAGCUGACCAAGGAGAUUGAGGAGGAGGAGAGUAAAGAGAUCAUCGUGGAGACGGACGAAGGAGAGAGUGACCUGGCUCUCAGCACGAACACCCUGAGUUCACUGGACAGCUCCCAACGCACCCUGGACUGGAACGAGAUGGUGCUGGACUUCGAGGAGCGGCAGCGCCAGCAGCAGUCCCCAGUCAGCUGGGGGGAGCUAGUGGAGAUCAAUGAAAUCGAGGGGCGGCCGCCGGGCUACGCCCUCCACAUGCACGAGAAGCUCUCCUCUCCCUCCAGGAAAAGAACGAGAGCUGAGGCCCAGAAACGCCACGAGGAGCGGCAGGCUAAGGCCCAGCAGAAGCGGGUCACCCUGAUGGACGAGAAGGCCAUCAAGCUGAAGAUGCUUCAUGAGAGGAUCGAAGAAGUCCGGGAGUGGAAGGAGGAGCUCCUGAUGCUAAAGAAGAAGGAGAUGGAGGAGAAGCAGCUGCGGGCGGAGCAGAAGAGGCAAAUGCAGCUGGAGGCGGUCAGGAGGAAAGCGCAGGAGGAGGAGCACAAGGCCAACGAGAUUGCAUUCAUCAACAGCCUGGAGGCCCAAAACAAGCGGCACGACAUCCUGGCCCGCCACCAGGGGCACGAGGCGCGGCUGCAGGACCUGAUGGAAGAGAGACAACGCAGGCAGGUGGAGAAGGCGGCUAAGGAAGAGGCUGUGCAGGAGAGGAGGAAGGCCCUGGAGGAAGAGAGGAUGGCCCGCCUCAAGGAGAUGCAGAAGCAUCGGCAGAAUCAAGCUGACAAGCUGAAUGUCCUCAAGGAACAGAGGGAGAAAGCCAGGGAGUCGGCCGUCAAAGAACGGGCCAAAGAGCGAGAGCAGAGACUGUCUGCGCUGAAUGCGGCCCAGCAGGCCAAGGAGGAAGAAAUACAGAAGAAGAUCCAACAGAAGCACGACGAGACAACACGGCGGCACAACCAGCAGAUCGAGCAGAAGCGCGAGAAGGCCAUCGAGCUGAGCAUGCUCAGGCACUAUCGUACCACCGACGUCGCCCCCCACCACAACCCCUACGAGAACAAGAAGAUGUGCUCGCUGUGCAGCGUCAUGAUUCCGUCAGAGGUGUACCUCCUGAGCCACCUGCGAGGCAAGAAACAUAAAGAGGCCGUCCUGGACAAGCACCAGGGAAAGCACAUGACCGACGAAGAGAUUGAGAGCUACUCCCUCAAGAUGCUGGUGGAGGCCUCGCCCGACCGACCCGACCCCCAGGAGCUGGCGGAGAAGGAGCGACAGAAGGGGUGCCGCAAGCGGGCGCGCAAGCUGCGGCAGCGGAUGGCCGCCAAGGGCAAGGAGUAUGAGAACAACCUGCUGUCUAAGCCCCAGGGUAACGAGUCGCAGCUCAGGGCCAAGCUGCAGAAGCUGAUCAAGGAUCUGACCAAGUACCUGCAGUCCCAGACCUCCACGGGUCCCUGGGAGCAGAGCAAAGUGUCGGCCAUGGACAGGGCCCUGGGAGAGCUCAACCGCAUCCUGGCCAAGAAGGAACAAGCCGACCAGAUAACCUUCAGGACCUGCGGUGGCCUGUCCACGCUCAGCCGCAUCCUGAUGCUGAUAGACACGGGCAGCAACGCACCGUCCCACGCCAUUCCUCCCAGUUCCACACCGUGCAGCAUUGUCCCUGCCAAAUCUGUGUGCAGUGCGGCCACCGCGUUCAGGCUAGCCUGCAAGGGCUGCUUCGACAACUGCCAGUAUGCGCUGUACAGCGGCAAGCUGGCACCCAUCGUGGAGCUGCUGGUCCAUCAACUGGGGCUGAUGGCCCCAAACUCUUCGACGGGCCACCCCGCGGCCCCGGUCCCCGAGACCCUGUCGGACCCCGUGGCCAGCUGCCUGAUGCAGCUGCUGUCGGCCGUCCUGCUCUGCCUGGUCAAGCACCGGCCUCAGAGCCCCUCGUCCGACAGCCGGGCCUCGGGGGCCCAGAAGAAGCAGAUGGACACCUUUGACCAGUGCGGCCAGGACCUCAUCAGCUACUUGGUAUGCUGCGGUGUGAUCGACAGUCUCACAUCCUGCUUCAACCGGGUGCGGGGGACUGUGGAUGAGGACCCGGCCCUGGCCGACUUCCUGCAGCACAGCCUGGGGCUGCUGGGAGCCAUGACCAAGUUUGUCUCCGCCGCCUCCAGCAGGCUGGGGAGUGUCUUUGCCAGCAAGAAGGAGGACCCCACCCAGCUCCUGGCUGCCUUCCGGGCCACGGGGCUGGGCGGCAUCGUGUCGCUGCUGUACGGCGUGCUGCUGCACGGGGGCAACCCGGCUCGGGGCGGCCCGGCCCCGCCCCCCGAGCUACCCGAGCACACGCUGAGCGUGGUGACAGCCGGUAUCCGCAUGCUGGGCAGCCUGGCGGCGCUGGACCUGGAGAUGAUGCAGAGUGCCCUGGGAUCUGAAGGCAUCUCGCUGGAGUUCCGUCACAUUGCCACCUACCUGCUGUGGCACUGCAGCCACUUUGCCAGCUGCGAGGACCUCCUCCACGAGGUCGUCCUCAUCGUGGGCUACUUCACCGUACUCAACACGGAGAACCAGGUUCUGGUGCAGUCUGGUAACACGCCCACCCUCCUGCAGCAACUCUGCGGCCUGCCGUUCCAGUACUUCAGCGACCCCCGUCUCAUGGCGGUGCUGUUUCCCACCCUCAUGGCCUGCUGCUACAACAACGCAGAGAACAAGAACAUCCUGGAGCAGGAGAUGAGCUGCUCGCUGCUGUCCUGCUUUCUAGAGGAAAAGAUUCAAGAGAAGAAGAAGGUGAAGGAGUCGCCCACAACGUCCAAGAUUAGGGAGAAAGACAAAGACCGCGACCUUCCAUCCCGGACGUCUUUUGAGCUGCGCUUCCCUGAGUCGUCGUGGGAGGAUGCCGUGAAGUUCUUCGGCGGUGGGUCAUCAUGACGUCAACUCUUCCACCGAGGUUAAAAGGGGCUUUCAGGGUUGUUGGCUGAAGCUGUAUUUGAGAUUUAAAAUGUGUGCAGUUGUGAAUUGUGCAGCUGGUCUAAGUAAGCCGUUUAUAAACAGUGUUGUAGCAAGAGUCCUUUUCCGAGGCCUCGAUUCUACCGACUCACAAGUUGAGGCAGUGGGACUUUGUGACCGCCACUGCAAAAAGGUGUAUUACGUCACAUUUGUUUGGAAUUUGAGUUUGAUAUAAUCAAAUUGCUCACAUCCUAAGCUUUCAUUUGAUAUAUAAUUCAUCCCAGUGGCCUUUGCGGUUUGGAGUUAAUUUCAUUUUGUCACACAUGCUUUUUGAGAUAAUGCCUUUUAAACACUACGAACAGAGAACUUAAAUUAGACACUAUCUUGGUUUUCCUUAGCAACGGGGGCUUUUGGCAUUUGGCCUCAAAAUAUUUCCAAAUAUUUUCACCCUCCGCACAUGGAAUGGGCCAUUACGCCUUUUUGCACAGCGCGACUUGAUACACCCUUUUGGCAGAGCGGGUCACAUUUAGUGAAGUAUGAGGGCAGUGCGCGCUGAUGACCAAGUUUUGGAAUUGAAAGGAGUAGAAGGGGGCAGACAUUCAUAUCAUGUUCUGACAAAAAAGGUCCCGUGUUUCUCUUUGGACACCAGUUCCGAUUCCUUCUCCUGAGGCCACCCACCCAAACAGAUUUCCGUGCCUACCCAAAUUUUUGUAUGUUUUGUGUCUCUCUCUCGGAAAGCAUUUUUUGAAAUUUCCAACGCACUUUUUUCUCCUUUUCUUUUUUAGCCGUGUCUCGCCAAAUAGUCCCAUUGACUUGCAUGUGAACAGCGAUAUCGAUUGUGCGCACACUACGAGAGUAUGCGUACCGUGUAAUCCCCAUAGUAUCUGUACAUCAAUGCUACAUCAAUACGUCACGGCUCCAGACUAACGGCGACUUUCAUAUCAAACGCAUUUUAAUUCAUGCAACAUAUUUAUACAUGGCAAAGAACAUAAACCAAUUGACUAGUAUUGUGUAUUUUGAGAGUUUGUGUUUAUUGUCCUAAAGUAGUAUCGUGUACAUAUUGUAAAAUUUCAUAUAAACUCCCUGCCAACUAUUUAUUAGUCGGCGUGAUGUAAACCUAAAACGGUUAACUGGCCUUAUCAAAAUUCCAAAUUGCACAACAUUAUGCAGCUCAUAACGGCGUAACACCUCAGAUAUUGGAUUCAAGGAAAGGGCCCAUGUACAAACACACAUAUUGACAAGCAUGACUAGAGAAUAUUGCCGCAUAGCAUCAGAAGGAACAACUUCAGUCGCCAAAAGGUGUUAGUUUUUCCACUUCUAAGUUUCCCAAAUUGAGAUCUCUGUGUGCACAUGUACGUUAAGUGAAUUUUAAGAUGUUUUCAAGUGUGGACAGUUUAAGUUGCGUGCGCAGUUGAAUGUAAGUUUAUGACUUGCAAGUAGAGCAUCGUUAUGAUGCAUUUAGUACUGAUUUGUUUCCACGUUUGUAUUCCUUUUAAUUCAGUGUCCUGAGAUCGCAGCAAGUCUGUGUCAGGAGAUUGGAGGAGUUGACUGAAAUUCAUAAAAAUUUAAUUUCACGUCGACUCUGAACAUUCUCUAAAGCAGUUGGAUAAAACUAACUUUGUGUGCUUUAAAAUAUUAAAACAAUUUCACACAG